UCAUGAAAAAAUUAUAAAGCAUCUUCCAGACAAUAAAUACGCAUCAACUACACAGAUGCAUUCACCUUUUGCACUUAUCAUGAAUAUAAUUACGAAUGUUGCAAAUUCUACUAUAGUCAGCACGACAGAAGAUAUAGUCAGAGAAAUUCAUCAAAUUUUUGCGAAUGCAGAAUGUGAUAAUGAAACUAAAAUACGGCCAAAUAUACAU